AUGGAAUUUGUUGUAAACAAAAGAGGUAAAACGAUGUUAAUAUUUGAUGGUUUUAAAUAUGUUUAUGGUUAUACGUCAAAAACAAAUGUAACUCGGUGGAGAUGUUUCAUGAAAAAUUGUCCGACCAUUAUUUUGGAAAAAGAAAAAGUAAUACUUGAAACGAAAAGUGAUCAUAGAGACAAUUGUUCAGUCAAAAAUAUAGAUCGUCAAAAAUUAGGAACGACAUAUAAGUGGAAAGCUGUCGAAGAUUUUUGUCAAAGACCUAGAAAAAUAAUACUAGGUGAGAUUCAACUAUUAAACUUAUACAAGUAUACAACAUAUUUAGUCCAGAUUAUUAUUUUAAUUGUUUUUCAAAAUAAAUUAAUGCUUUUGGAGUUGCCCCAACAAUGA